AUGACUUACGCGACAACUUCUCACGUUCGGACAACAGCACCAAUUCCCGCGCCUAUUGAUACCAACAUCGAUAUGGACAGAGACUCGCCGCGAACCUCGUCCACGUCCUCGGGUGAGCACAAGUCCACCAAGAGGAAGGGAACACGAAGUGUCUCUACUCUCACGCCUUCUCAGCUCGCACGAAAGAGGGCCAACGACCGUGAGGCCCAGCGCGCCAUCAGGGCCAGGACCAAGGAGCACAUCGAGAAACUUGAGACCGAGGUGGCCCGCCUGAGGAGUAUUGCGGACCGCGACCAGGAGUACCAGCGCCUCAUCCGCAGGAUCCAAGCUCUUGAGGAUGAGAACAAGGCGUUGAGAUCGGGCGUGCCUGUCGCGCCUUCUGAGCCCUACGGUGUUUACGAUGAUGCGCACUCCUCACUGCACAGCAGCCCGGUCGUUGGCCGCUCCAGCGCCUAUGGACAUGGCAUCCGUGCCACCUCGGACCCAUACAGCAGCUACCCUCAUAUGCCAACGCCUGCGCCAGAGGCCUGGGACAGCACGAUUCCUGUCACCGUGCCUACUUCUGUGUCGAGCCCUGCGUCGUGCGCCCCUGAGGAGUACGGCAGGUUCAUGACUACGGCGGCUGUCUCAGCUCCUCUAAUCGACUCUAUCGCCGCGCCAACCAGCGUCCCAUAUCAUAGCGGCAGCCAGGUGGAGUUUGAGGCGGGUGUCGACUCAGAGCAUAGCUUCCAGUCUCGACCAACAUCAGGCCACCAGCACGGUCCAGGGUCCCAGCAGUACUCGAUGCAUCAAAGCGCGCAGCAACCAUGGAACCAAGCAGCAUACUCGACAAUGUAUGGGGUUUCGCAAGCACCGUAUCCCAACCUGCCGUGA